ACUGACACACCGUUUGUUGAGCGUUGUAGAAACUAUAGAGACCAGAGAAAUGCGAAAUCUGAUAGGUGGGUGGAGUAUAGAGCCCGGUAUAUACCUUUUCUUCUCCUUUCCUCUUAGAUGGCUUUUAAAGGAAGUGUUACUGUAAAUUAGGUGAAAAACUCCAUGCAUUCUAGACAGGAAAGUUUUGCUGAGAUUUUCUUUUUAAACACCGUACAUUAUGUUGCCACGGGCAGGGCCCAGGAACGAAAACCCCUCUUUGAUGGACAGAAAAGGUUCAGUAGCCGUGCCACAGCUGAGCAAUGAGAUGCAGCUGAGCAUCAUGAUGAAGGUGAAGAGUGGGGAGCUGACCAUCGAUGACGCCCUGAACCAGGCCAGGAGGAGCAACCAGGAGCAGCUAAAGCAAAGCCUGGCCACAGAGGAACAGCAAGCCUCCCAGUACAACUUCAGUGUUUACAAGUACAACCGCUACAGGUGGCAGAAGCGCAUUCUUCAGAUUGACUUCAACACUAAAAUGGUGUGCAGCAUAGAGAAAGGCAUCGUAAAGCGGCAGCUGCCAUUCCUGUGUGUUAAGAGCUGCGACGACGGAGUUGGGGCCAAGUUCUCUAUAUCUUUCAGAGGAAGACAUGACUAUGAGCUGGAUGCCACCUCACUGGAGGACAAACACAAGAUAAUGCAGCUUGUAAACAAGAUAAUCUACAGAAACAUCUACAGCCAUCCAGUAGAGGGCAGUGAAGACACGUGUGUGCAUCCUCUGCUUCCAGCACCAAAGAGCCUCAGGGAGGGCCUGCUGUUCCUGCACAGAGGUGGAUUGGCAUCGUUUAAAUGGGUGAAGUACGAGGCUCGCCUUCACCCUGGCCAGCUGACCCUGCUCCCCAUCAGCUGGCGCGGGGUAGGUGCAGAUGGGGACAUGGUCACCUCGUCAUCCUUGCCAGUUGUCAUUCAUUUCUCAGACGGGGACGCGAGUGUAGAGAAACGGCGCAGCUGUGACACCUUCACUCUUUUGACUCACAAGAAUGAGUACCAGUUCCAGGUACCUGUGACAGAACUUUCCAAAAGCACAGAAGCCAUCCAGAAGGAGAGGGAUGCCUGGGUCCAGGCCAUAGAUAAACUAUGCCUGGACUGGAAACGCACAUCUCAGUCUGAGCACUUCCAUGAGGAAACCAGGGCUUUAAGAAUCUAUGACAAUGUCAAAGACAUUCUGGAGGAGAACAAGUCCACUGACGGACAAGGCCUCCGAGGAACAGAUCUUGUCUCCAGUGCAGAUAAUCUAUCGGCUGGAGAAAAGAUUGAGAGUAAACCUCCAACCUCGCCUCUCCCAAAACCCUGCAGCCCUGUGAAGUUACUAGUGAAUGUCCCCUUUCCUGGUCCUGUCCUUUCCCCUGUCCCUAUCCCUGUCCGGGCACCAGUCCUUGAUCCUGUCCCUGCCACUGUCCCUGUACCCAUUCCCUCAAUGGUGCCAGCUCCCCUCUUCAUUCCUAUGCCUCCUCCAUUGCCCUUUAAGCCCAGUAGAAAACCCCUAACAGAGCGGACCAGGGCCUUCCACUGGGAUGAGGUUGGUUCAGAUAAGAUAGAGAAAUCAUGCUGGACACGGGGAAACGCUGGGAACAUUGAAAUUGACACUUCACGCUUGUAUGAGCAAUUUGCAGUUCAAGAUUUGGGAACAUUUGGUGGGAUCACCGAGCCCAGCACUAACCUUCACAUCAUGCUCAAUACGAAGGUUGCUCACAACUUUAAUAUUUUCCUCAAAAGUUUCCAUGUGCAGCCAGGAGAACUAAAGGACAAACUGUUCUUGGUUAAUGAGGGUGAGGGAGGCUUCUCUGAUGAACAGAUCACUUCCCUGAGGAGAUAUGUACCUACCUCAGACGAUGUGGAAAUGUAUAAAUCUUACAAGGGGUCUGUGUCAGAGCUACAUGUUGUGGACCAGUACAUGAUGGAGAUGUGCAACAUUCCUUACCUGAACUCCAGACUGGACCUGCUGCUGACUCUAAGAGAGCUGCCCAUAAGCAUGGAGGAUCUGCAGCCGCUGAUUAACCAGAAGAUCAGGAUGUGCACGCAGUUGUACAGCUCCAGGUCGUUUGUCUCCGUGCUGGAGUACCUGCUGGCCAUCGGCAAUUACCUCAACGAGAACGCAGGGAAGAGAAAGGCCAAGGGAUUCCGCCUCUCCUCCUUAACUAAACUCUCCCAGCUCCGUGGGAUAGACAGGAAGUUCACCUUGCUGCAUGCCCUUGUGGAGCAGAUCAUGUUGCACGAACCCGGCUUGGCCACUUUUCCACAAGAGUUGACGGAAUUCGAAACUGUCCCUGGGGCUUCCAUUAAAGGCCUCACUGCUGAAGUGGACGUUCUCAAGAAUGAGUUACAGAAGACCAUUCAGUACAAGAAAACGUACAAGAGAAGAAACCAAGGCGAUCAACACCCAAAGUUUUCCAAAGACCUGAAGAUGGCGAUUGAGAAGUACAACACCGAUCUCUCCCUGCUGACAAAGAGGUCUGAGGAGAUGAAGAAACUCUACUCUGACAUAUUGGUUAAAUUCGGAGAGCCGAUGGAUCAAGAUUCUCAGGAGCUGUUUGGCUUGGUGUGCCAGUUUGUCAACGACUUCAAGGAGACAUAUGCUGAAAUCAGAUAACAAUUUGCUGUCCUUGCGUGACUAUCUAUAAAUCUUCAGCCAAUCCAAACACAAUUCAGUGCUGCAUACUUUGUAAUUAUGCACAUACAAAUACAAGUUUAUUUACUUCAAAUUGUAAAGAGGCCAAGACUUCUUAGAAAUUGCACUGAUCAGUGAAGUAAUACAUUAAUGACAACCUUGAAACCUUUAAGCGUAUUAGGGUCUUUGAAAAGCGCUAUAUAAAUAAUUGUUAUUUGUGUGCACUGAGAUGCCAUACAAGCUGUAGUUUAAUACUAUGUUCAGGCAGCUAGACUUGGGGAUUGCAAUUUCAGUGGGAAAAUAUUAGAGUGUAUAAUGCUUUGCUAUAAUUAAAAGGAAUCUGUAUGUGAUAUAUAACAGGUACUGUUUAUUGUUUGAAGACGGUAGACUGAUUCAUUGUGACAAAUUGUCUGAAAUCGAUUGAAAAAAUGUAUUGAAUUGAAGUUACAGACAGUAGGGGGAAUGCCUACUGGUUUGAAUGGUGUCAGCAAUGUUGAUCUUGUAUUAUUUUGAACUUAACAACAUGAAUUGGGAUAUUUUGUGUACUAUAUACUGUAGGUAGAGAACAUUGAACGGAACAAGGCUAUGUCAAUAACUCAAUUUGGACAAAAAUUCUGAUAGAAACUUAUAGUCCCAAGCUCUCUACUUUCUGUCCACAGCUGUCUGUCUGAUGACAAGGGAACCGAAUCACAAAGAACACACACACAGUGGCCUCGCCAGCUGAAAAUGGUCCAUCAGAUUACCCAUUUUUCUCUGAACGUGCAGACAUUCUUGCCUUGGUUGGGGACACACAGAUUUUCUAUUUCAGUACUCCAGUCGGGGAUCCAGGACCCUUCUCUGAUUCUGGACAGCAUCUGGUGCUUUUUGCCAUCUGAAAUUGAUAUUUUUUCCCCUACUUUACAUUGAUUUUAUGAGAGAGCGAGAUUGAUUGAAAAUUUACAGAAAAUAUUUGAUUAAAUGUGGCUUUCCUUCAGAAGAUGACUUAUUACUUUUAUGAUUGUCACGGCUGUCAAAAGGAUCGGACCAAAAUGCAGCAUGGUUGUAGUUCCACACAUUUAUUUAUUCCGUGAAACGUUGCAAUACACAAAUAACUAGAAUAACAAAAACAACAAACCGUGAAGCAGAGAAAUAAACACUACUCAAAAGAUAAUCACCCACAAAAACAGGUGGGACAAACAUCAGCUUAAAUAUGACCUCCAAUUAGAGACAACGACAACCAGCUGCCUCUAAUUGGAGAUCAUACCAAACAAAACCAACAUAGAAAUACAAAACUAGAAACUGAACAUAGAAAUACAAAACAUAGACAAACACCCCCUGUCACGCCCUGACCUACUCUACCAUGGAAAAUAACAACUUACUAUGGUCAGGACGUGACAAUGAUAUUACAUAUUUACGCAGACUGGGUUAUUUUUUCUCAUUUCUGAAACAAAUUUGAUCUGAUUUGAUUAAGAGAAAAGAUAGAAGAGCAGAGGCCGUUGUCCAGCGGUAACGCUCCCGGCUUAGACACAUGUAUACUCCUCUCCCCACUGGAUGAUUGGGUUCCAUCCCCGCUCCAACCCUUUAAUCUGUUUCUAACAACUGCCUGUAACCCCUCUGAUUUCUUCCGUGUCAAAAUAAACCAAAAAAGGCCAUUCAAACUAUACUAAACAAAAUUAUAAAUGCAACGAUUUCAACGAUUUUAUUGAGUUACAGUUCAUAUAAGGAAAUCAGUCAAUUGAAAUAAAUAAAUUAGGCCCUAAUCUAUGGAUUUCACAGGGGUGCAGCCAUAGGUGGACCUGGGAGGGCAUAGGCCCACCCACAUGGGAGCCAGGCCCAGCCAAUCAGAAUGAGUUUUUCCCCACAAAAGGGCUUUAAUACAGACAGAUAUCCUCAAUUUUCAGCAGCUGUCCGGGUGGCUGGUCUCAGAUGAUCCCACAGGUGAGGAGGCCGGAUGUGGAGGUCAUGGACUGGCGUGUUAACACGUGGUGUGCGGUUGUGAGACCGGUUGAACGUACUGCCAAAUUCUCUAAAACGACAUUGGAGGCAGUUUAUGGUAGAGAAAUUAACGUAACAUUAUCUGGAAACAGAUCUGGUGGACUGUCAGGUGGAUAGAUUAUCUUGGCAAAGGACAAAUGCUCACUAACAGGGAUGUAAACAAAGUUGUGCACAGAAUUUGAAAGAAAUAAGCUUUCAAUGCUUAUGGAACAUUUCUGGGAUCUUUUAUUUCAGCUCAUGAAUAAUGGGACCAACACUUUACAUUGUCUUUAUAUUUUUGUUCAGUAUGUUUUUAGUAUGAAUGAGGUUGAUGCACAGCAACUAAAGCUUGACCAUGUUUCAGCGUGUGAGGACCUAGAAACCUACAGUCAAUGAAAAUAUUGUGUGAUAGUUUUUCUUAAAUGAUGCCCUAUAUUCCUCCUACCCAUCUGUGCUUGCUAUGCUACAAUUUUAUUUAAUUGACUACACUUUUCCUGUCACAUGCUUGAUUCUUGAGGCAUAUAUACUUUUCACUUAAUACCCAUGACUUCAAAUACUUAGCCAUGUCAAGUGUGAAACUUCAAAGCAGAUUGUUUUUAUGUAAAGCCCCGUUUAUACCUGGUCCUUUGUCCUGAUCCUGUCUAUAUUCUGAUUUAAGCCCACAUUUCCAGAAAUGUGUCUACACAUGGUAUUAAAAUGUGUCUGUUAUCUGUC